AUGGCCGCCCCCGAGAUCCCCACAGAGCAAUGGGCCCAGGUCCUCGAGAAGACCGGUGGACCCGUCGUCUACAAGAAGAUUCCCGUUCAGAAGCCCGGCCCCGAUGAAGUCCUCAUCAACGUCAAGUACUCCGGCGUGUGCCACACAGAUCUCCACGCUGUAAUGGGCGAUUGGCCGCUCUCUACCAAGAUUCCACUUGUCGGCGGUCACGAGGGCGCCGGUGUCGUUGUCGCCAGGGGCGAGCUGGUCGACAAUAUUGAGAUUGGUGACCACGCGGGCAUCAAGUGGCUCAAUGGUUCCUGCUUGCACUGCACAUACUGCCGGCAGGCCCAUGAGCCCCUCUGCACCAAGCCUCUUCUCUCCGGUUACACCGUCGACGGCAGCUUCCAGCAGUAUGCCAUUGCCAAGGCCGCUCAUGUCGCCCGCAUUCCCAAGGAGGUUUCUCUCGAGGCCAUUGCGCCCGUGCUCUGUGCCGGUAUCACCGUGUACAAGGGUCUGAAGAAGUCCCAUGCCCGCCCCGGCCAGACUGUCGCCAUUGUUGGUGCCGGUGGCGGUCUCGGUAACAUGGCGCUUCAAUACGCCAAGGCCAUGGGUCUCCAUACCAUUGCUAUCGAUGGCGGUGAGGCGAAGGAAAAGGCUUGCAAGGAGCUCGGUGCUCAGGCAUUUGUCGAUUUCACCAAGUCCAAGGAUAUCGUCGCAGAUGUGAAGGCUGCCAGUCCUGACGGCCUUGGCCCCCACGCUGUUAUCCUCCUUGCUGUGUCUGAGGGUCCAUUCCAGCAGGCUGCCGACUACGUCCGCCCCUUCGGUACCAUUAUCUGCAUUGGCUUGCCCGCGAACGCUUAUAUCAAGGCCCCCGUGUUCAGUACGGUCAUCAAGAUGAUUAAGAUUAAGGGCAGCUACGUCGGCAACCGACAGGAUACCGAGGAAGCUAUCGACUUCUUCGCCCGUGGGCUUAUCAAGUGCCCGUACAAGGUUGUCGGUCUUAGUGAGUUGCAGUCGGUGUAUGAUAUGAUGGCGGAUAUGAAGAUUGUUGGCCGGUAUGUUGUUGAUACUAGCCGGUAA